AUGGCAUUGAUGAGUGGAUACAAUCAGGGAUCGUACUACGGCACACAGGGAGACGUCAGCCUUAGCUAUGAGGAACGAGACGAGUGUGGAGCGCACGACCGCGAAGGAUCUGUAUCCGGCUCAGAGACAAGUUCUGGCUACAAUCACUAUCUGCACGGUCUGAAGAACGACUUCGACUCGGCAGACCCAGAGGAUCCACACGUUGCAUUAACUUCCCAAAGUCUGAAUGCUGAUGGGACUCCAAAGCGACCGAUGAAUGCUUUCAUGAUCUUUGCGCGCAAGCGGCGGCCAGAGAUCUCGGCUGCAAACCAAAUGAUGCGGACGGGAGAUGUGAGUAAGAUCCUGAGCAAGGAAUGGAAUAGUAUGGUUAUGUCUGAGAAAAAGUUUUAUCUCGACCAGGCCAAAAAGCUGAAGGAUAAUUUCAACUUCAAAUACCCCGACUAUGUAUACAGGAGACGGCCCAACAAUUCGCGUAAGAAGCGCAAGACGGAGUCGGAGCGCGAUUCACCGCCCGGGCCGCUCACUGGGGAUAGGGAGGACACCUUCGAGGAUGUCUCUCCUGUUGAGCACGACGAUUUUGCUACCCAUUCUACAUCACACGGAUACCAGCAUCCCACCCACGGCGCAGAUUCAUCUGCAUCGUACAAUGGCUCCUCCCCAUAUAGCAGCCAAAGCAACUUCUUAUCAUCAUCUGCGCUCUCCGAGUCGUCAUUAGGCCUCUCGUCUAACAGGUUUGAGCCAUCUUCGACCCGUCUCAGGAAUUUGUCGUCAUCCUCGGACCCUGCAUUCGAUUCUACACCUUUCGGUGCACAUUUGCGUCUUUCUUCCGACUCCGCACUGAACACGGCUGUCCUAACGCAGCACAGUUUGCCGUCUGGUAUUGGGGGAGGUGUAACAAGUCAAGGAUAUCCAUCGUCUUUCCCCUCUCACUUGCAGUGGGGGAUCAACAGAGAUGGUAGUCGAAUGGAUGCACGGGCGACUUGGCCUAUUCUACCUGCGCUCAACACUAACAUUGCAGGACAGAGGCUAGGCGACAAGCACACUGCGGCGGUUACCAAACCGGAGACGUACUCCCCGCAGCUGACCCAUCGUUCGUGGCCGAGCGCGACGUCCCCAGUUCCAUCUAACAGCUCCGCUUCGUCGGCGCACCAAUACGCUAACGCGUCUUUUCCUACACUCACGUCCCCGUUCGUACCGAAUGAGUCACCGACUCCGCGUAGCGCAGAGGUGCUCCCACCCCAUGGUUCUCCCUCCGGCGGCUCGCAGGAGUACAGUUCUACGACGCAGGUGACUCGCAACCUGUCCUCCCUGCCUCGGCAAGGCGAUGGAUACGAGCAGCGCAGCUUUCCACACUCACAUGUUUUACCCUUGCCCUCGACCACCGCGCAGUAUGUCUCCCCGGCUGAACACCUGACUCAGUGGCAGGCGCAGUAUCGCAGCACUGCUGGGACUCAGCCGCCCGACCCUUCCCCGUUCCCACUUUCGAACCCUUCUAUGCAUUCUGCCUCUCCUUCGGGCACGUCACCGUCCAGCUCAAGUUCAGGACCGAACUCCGCUGCACAAAUGCACUAUUGGGAAAGGAGUAGACUCGGCAGACCGUAG